AUGAUAGCAGUGACGGAGAGCCGCGCCGUCGUGGACAGCCUGCAGAGAUUUUCCUCGCUCCCUGCUUACCUUCCCACGAGCUUCCACGUCUCUAACGCAGAGGAGUCCUUCGUCCUUAAAGAGGCCAACCAGGACGUCACUCGGAACUGCAGUCUGCAGGCCCGGGUGGAGUCGUUCUUUAUCUACCGAGCCAGGAGCCCCCCGAUGGUCAAUGCCAGCUAUGGGCCAUUUUCAGUCGAGAAGACGGUCCCCCGGGAGCUCAUGCUGACAUCUGCACCCUUUGGCCACACGGGCCAGUUUCCCUUUAACUGGAAGUUGAAAGCCCACAUCCUCGGGAGCUCCAUCUACUCCAACAGACCCAAAGUGCAGACCUUGUUUUACAUCACCGGGAUGGGCUGGGCCGACGGCGACCCAGCGGAACAGCUCCCCUGCGUCAAGAUGUUUGCUUUCCCGGAGGCCAGGGAAGUGGCGGCCAGCUGUCGGCUGCAAGGGACCCCUGGGCUGUGUGUGGCCGAGCUGGAGGUGCUGCCCGAGUGGUUCAGCUCUGGGCUGGACCUGGAGCCCGAGGAGGAGACCCCAGCCCCGCUGGGCGGCACGGCCAUGGAGCUGUUCUUCACGCUGUACCCGGCCGACCAGGCCGGCCAGUGUCCCCUGGAGGAGGACAGCAAGUGGGAGAACAACAUCCACUCGGGCCAGGACAGCGCCCCGCCAGCGCCAGCAGCCCGGGAGAGGAUUGGGAGUGUCGUGGUCUACCCGACCCAGGACGAUCUGAAGUGGUCCCCGCUGAGCCUGGAUGAGAACGUCGUCAUCUCCGUACCUCUGAACCUCAUCCGGGAAGGGGACACCGCCACCUUUCUGGUCUCUCUGGCCAGUGGCUCUGUGGCUGACCACUUCACUCUUAGAAUUAAGGCAGCAGCAGGUGUGAAAAUAACCGCAGUGAGAGUCAGCAGCGAAGACCAGUGGGCAGUCCAGGAAGAAAUUGACAAUGACAGUGUUCAGACUGCAGCCACCCUCACCUGCGUGGGUCAUCACCUGGACACACAGAGCAGAACAAAUGGCUCCUUCUAUGAGAUCUUGCAGGUGGACUUUGGAAUUGACAACAGCAGUGGCCUGGCUGGCGCCCAGCAGAUCACCUGGCAGGUGGAGUACCCGGUGGAGGACGCCACGAGGGAGCUGGUUGUCUCUGAGAUCUUUGUCAGCCACACCUCCUUUGUGGGCAUCGUCCCGCUCGCAAUG